AUGUCGGACGCAGCUGCAGCACCAGCCGGUGAUAGUACGAGGGGCCGUGGUCGGGCUAGAGGUCGUGGUCGGGGUAGAGGUCGUGGCCGUGGCAGAGGACGUGGACGAGGUGCUAAGGAUGGUGACAAGGAGCGGGUACCCGUGACCAAACUUGGGCUCCUCGUUAAAAAUGGCAAAAUUAGGUCAUUAGAAGAGAUUUACCUCUUCUCACUGCCAAUCAAGGAGACGUUGAAGGAUGAAGUGCUAAAGAUUAUGUAUGCCUGGUCAGAAGCCGGUCAAAGAACCAGAUUUAGGGAUUUUGUAGCAGUUGGAGACUACAAUGGUCACGUUGGACUGGGUGUGCAGGGCUCUAAGGAAGUGGCCACUGCCAUCCGACAAGCCAUCAUACUUGCCAAACUUUCAGUCGUUCCAGUGAGGCGAGGCUACUGGGGCAACAAAAUUGGAAAACCCCAUACAGUGCCGCGCAAAGUCACUAGGAAAUGUGGCAGUGUUUUGGGGAGGCUGAUUCCAGCCCCAAGAGAUACUGACAUUGUCAGUGCCCCUGUGCCCAAAAAACUCCUGACCAUGGUUCUGAUUGAAGAUUGCUACACCUCUGCCAGGGCUGCAACCUCCACUCUGGGGAACUUCUCUAUAGCUACCUACACAGCGAUUGCAAAGACAUAUUCGUAUCUAACCCCCGACCUCUGGAAGGAAACUGUGUUUACCAGACCUCCUUACCAGGAGUUUACUGACUACUUGUUGAAAAACCACAGCAGAGCAAAUGUUCAGCGCCAAGAACAGAAGGUCUACUAA